AUGGUAGAAAUCAGACUCACAUUUGAUGGUGUGAUAGGCGUUCUCCCUGGGGAAGUCUCGAAUACCCGCCUCAACCUAAAAGCUUUUAGGUUGAGGCGGGUAUUCGAGACUACCUGCUUUCAUGUGCCUGCUCCUCUUCCACGAUGUUUCUUUGACAUAGCUAUCAAUGGAGUGGCAACUGGGCGGGUUGUGUUUGAGUUAUAUAGUAAUGUGGUUCCCAAGACAACGGAGAACUUCCGGUGUCUGUGUACGGGUGAGAGGGGGGAGGGCAAGAGCACGUUCAAGCCACUACACUACAAGGGCACACCCAUCCACCGUAUAGUAAAGGGCUUCAUUGUACAGGGAGGAGACUUCAGCUGCGGUGAUGGAACGGGUGGAGAGUCCAUCUAUGGUGGCAUGUUCAAGGAUGAGGUGUUCCAGCACAAACACAAGAAACCAUUCCUCCUCUCAAUGGCCAACAAGGGACCAAACACCAACGGAUCUCAGUUCUUCAUGUGA